CUAAUCUUGAAAAUGCUCUCUCUCUUUUUUGUUUUGUUUUUCCUUUCCUUCUCCUUCGCCAUCUUAUUCCUAUUGAGUCAAUGUCCCCUAUUUUACUUCUUUAAGCCUUCAUAAAAACAUCCUUUUUUUUUCUGGCUUAAUUCCAUUUCUUCUUUUGCUCGCUUCAUUCCAUCUUUGAUUGAGCUCGCAUUAAAAGUAUUGAGGAAUGAACUUGAAUUGUUCUCAAACAUCAUUAUAGACCAUUUUUCAAAAUUCCAAGUUCUUAAUUGUUAAUUCAUUCAAUACAAAGAAAAGUAAUAUGUUGCGGGCAACAAGAAAACCCUCGAGUAACUAUACCGCCUCCGAAAGCAAUGGAGUAUCUGGCCCAGCACCGACCAGUCCUGCCAUGAGGCGUAAGCGCAAGGAGACCGAAUGUCUGAUCAAGCUCGAGCGCGUCUUGGGCUUAACAACGAACAAACCCAUGAUCCUCUCAGUUAAUCCGACCCACGAUUUGGUUGCCUAUGCGGCAGGCUGUGUCGUUGUCCUAUAUAAUCAUAAGCUUAAUAAGCAGGUUGGCCUCUUGUGUACCUCAACUCUUAAGAAGCAAUCUUCCUCAGGUGACUCGGGAGCUGGAAAUGGCUCAAAGUCACCGAGAACAACUCCAAGCAGCAAUGGAAUUCAAUGGAUGAACAACUCAAUGGCAGGCGCGAAUAUUAACCCUUUAGCUGGUCUGAUGCCCAUGUCAUCGUCUGACGGAACGGGUCCCUCUGGAAAUUCAAACAGCACCAAGAAUAACAAGCCAAAACCAAUAUCUUGUCUUUCUUUCUCGUCUGAUGGGCAGUACCUAGCGGUUGGAGAGACAGGACAUCAGCCACGGAUAUUGAUCUGGGACGUUAUUUCACAAGCCUUAGUCGGUGAGCUUCAAGGACACAAGUUUGGCGUACAAGCUGUCCAGUUUGCGCCCACCUCAAGGUAUCUUGUGUCGCUAGGUUUCCAGCAUGAUGGCUACAUACACGUGUGGAACUGGAGAACAAGCUCACAGAUUGCUAGCAACAGAGUCACUACAAGAGUUAGUGCCUUGGCAUUUUCUCCCGAUGGCUCCUUCUUUGUCACGGCUGGCUUGCGGCAUGUCAAAUUCUGGUACUUGAAUAUCGGGUCAAAUAAGCGAGGCGGGCUCAGUGGAUCAAUGCCCAAUACGCAAGUUCUAGACGGUCGGUCAGGGAUUCUCGGAGAGCUUCGCCAUGGCAACUUUGUAGAUGUAGUCUGUAGUCGAGAUAGUAAAUACACAUAUGCGAUCACGGCAAACGGCAUCCUCUGCUUGUUUUCAGAAGGGCGUGCAUUAGAAAAAUGGAUUGAUCUCCAUAUCCGUGGCGCAUAUUCUCUCAAUCUAGACGAGAAGGCAAUUAUCUGCUCUUGCUCAGACGGUAUCAUCAGAUUAUUCGAACCUGAGACAUUAGAGUACAUAGGAACCUUGCCAAAGCCCUCACCCGUAGGCACUUUUGCUGGAAAUAUGGAAACAAACCAACAAGUAGAUGACAUAGCCAAUCCUGUCUAUCCUGACGUCCUCGCAUCUCAAUAUGAUGCUUCCUCAGGCACUUUGAUCUGUAUUUGCUCCGACCGCUCGCUUUACGUGUGGGAUAUUCAUGACUAUAGCAACCCGGUUGUCUCUAAAAGCCAUAUUUUCCACUCUGAUUGUGUCUGGGGUGCAGAGGUCCUACCAUCACCCCCAGAUGAUGGUGCCGCAACAAAUCCUUUUCCCGCAGAUACAUUCCUCACAUACUCUGCAGAUGGGUCCAUUAAAUUCUGGAACUUGGAUGACAGUAUGUCUUCAUUUCCUCCAUUAUCCGAACAAAAGGAAAAGGAUCAGAUUUCAUCACAUCCAAGUAAGGAGGUCCUGCGUGUUCUGUAUGUCGAUAGGGAGUGUCAGGCAUGGAUUCAAGUCCCAGAAAUCCAAGAUGGCAUGGAGCCUGGAUACAACGUUGUUCCUUUAGAGUGCGGGAUCCGUACUAUCAGGAUUAGCUCCGAUGGGCGUUACUUGGCUUCUGGAGAUAAGGGGGGGAACCUCCGGGUGCAUGAUCUGUUAACUCUGGAGCAAGUAACCUAUCAGGAAGCGCAUGAUACUGAGAUUCUAACCAUUGAUUUCACGGAUCCAACCUUGAAAGAUGCGCCUUUCCUAUUGGCGACUGCUGGCAGGGAUCGUUUACUGCAUGUAUUUGACAUCCGGAACGAUUAUGCAUUACUUCAGACCUUGGAUGAUCACUCGUCAUCUAUCACUUGUAUACGAUUCACGGCGGAUGGGUCACGUAUGAUGAGUUGUGGUGCAGACAAGAGUAUUGUCUUCCGUAAUUGUCAAAAGAUAGAGGAUGGAUUAUCCUUUCAGCCUUACCACCAAGCCCCUGGACGAGCAACAUUUUAUGAUAUGGGGAUGCACGAUGCUACUCAAACAAUAUCUGUGGUUGCCGGUGAUAGGAGAUUCAAUGUCUUUAGUCUGGAAACCGGGAAACCUAUCAGGUCUUUCAAAGCUGACGCCAAAGGUGACGAUAUGACAGCUGGUAUGGCUGAGGUUUGCAGCAUGACACAUAUCUGCCUGGAUCCCACCGGAACUAUCGCCGCGGCAUCAGGUAGCGACAAAUCAAUCAGGAUCUACGACCUUCUUCAUGGGACAUGUCUUGCACACAUGGUUUGCCAUUCAGAGCUAGUAACAAGUCUCAAGUUCAUGAGUAAUUAUGAGCGCAUCAUUUCCACUAGUGCUGACGGAUGUGUAUUGGUGUGGAGAGUGUCCAAGGAAGUUGUGAAGCGUAUCACAAGCCGAAUUCAAGAAAACAUCACCUUACCCAGCUAUAUGCAGACGAAGACAGCCGAAAAACUACUAGCUCGCAAUACUUCAACAAAUCAUAGCUCGAGACCCCAAAGAGCGAAAAAGCUAAGUAAUAGGCUAAGUACCUAUGCCAGUGACCACUUUGUGUCCUCGCGCAGAGGCUCUACGACAUCCCUUGCUAGUGAGGAUUGUGAAGUGCAGCCAGACGAGAGUUCGGAACGAGUCACUCAUAAUGUCACUAAAGAUUCGCAGAGAGAUGAUACCUCAAAGGAGAGCUUUUCACCAGUUACUGCAGCCUCAGUGAGGAGGGCGUCAGGGCCACGAGCCAGAGUCACUGCGUCUAUUUCAAAGACAACGACCUCUCGCUCCCGACACAGCUCUAGCUCGCAGCCUUCAGUUGCUCCAUCCCGCUCAGGCACUCUGCAGGAGCAGUCUACCUCGAACAAGAGUGUUGCAAAGGAAAAGACUGCGCUUCCACCUUCAUCCCGCAAAUCUCCAGGACUAAAUCCUUUGUCUCUUCAUUCAAUUAGUCCGAGGCCUAAUAAGAGUACUCUUCUGGUUCCAAGCAAUCCUCGACCUAGAGCCACAUCUUUGACAGUGCCGACUGAGAAGACGCUCAAGAUGGAUGGUGUCAAAGCAAAGGAUAUGCCAUCAUCGAGGCAAGUCUUGAGUGACUAUACGCAAGAAGACCCACCAACUGCUCCAGGGGAGGAUGAUGAUUCUCUACUGAGCGAUGACACACAAUCCGGGAUUGAAGAUAAGCCAACUCGUCAUUCCAGCAAAAGCCUCCUAAAGUCAGCAUUAAGCUUGAAGCCUAGUGAGGGCACUUUGAGUGAUCCAGCCCAAAUGAGUGAGGAUACUACUGACGGCACAGAGGAUCACGAGAUGGCAAUGGCAGCUACUACUGAAGGGAGCGAAAACGAGCCUGCGGAUGAAUCCGGAGCGUCAGAGGAGCCCGACAGAGACGAUGAUGAUGCAGAUGACAGCGUCAGCGACACUGGUAGUGACAACGAGAUUUUAUCUCCACGAGAACGUCGUAAUAUUGGCCUAAGCUGCGACACCACAAGCUUUGGGGAAGGAGAGUUUAUGAAGGAUUCACCCGCAUCUGGAGGAAGUUACCAAGUGACAUCGCCCAAUGGCCGAAUGACGAGCAUGCGUCCGAACACACUUACUCGAAGCAGCCUGAGUACUAGAUUCCUAGCUGCACAUGCCGCGUCUGUGAUGAUGGGAUUAGUCCAGAGCGCAAGGGAAGAGAAACUUUCGGCGGGAAGCAAGGAUGAUCCCCGAGAGAAUGCGGCCAUUUCAACACCCACACCUGAGGACCCACACGGACAUCUUGAUCAUUCAAAAAAACAGGGCGACCUCUCAAAUUCAGAUAAAAACAGCGCUUCAGCACCUAAGAAAGAGUCAGAUGCUCUUGAUCGUCCACUGGAAGAGCGGCUCAACUUGCAGUCACUCAACAUGGCUGCUUUGAAGUGGAAGCAACGAAGCCUAGGCAAUCGCGAUGGGCAGGAGAAUGAUAACACUAGACCAUUAUCAUUAAGCAUCGUUCGCCCUGGAUUGAAGUCUGAAGACUACUCAAAGGAAGUCGAGCGUACUAGGCAACGUUUAUUGGAGCUUGGAUAUUUGCCUACACAGGGGGGUACGCAGCAGACGGGCUCAUCAGUAGCGUUAGCCUCCUCCAAAGAGAAUUUGAAGACAUCAGAUAAUGGGACUCAAGAUGACAAACCAACAUAUAAUCUUGAUUCCGCUAAUAGUGAAGCGCAUUUAUCAUCGCCACAUACACCAAAACAAGCUCCUCCGCUCAGAAGCAUAGGGAUCCUGGCAUCCCCAGCGUUAGUCACUAGUCCUGAAGGAAUGGAUCAGGAAAUAAUGGCAGAAUCUCUAGAUAAAGCGAUUAAAUCACAAUUCGAAUCUAAUGAAUCUGUAGAGAGCAAGGAGGAUAUGGUAAGCGGGACGCAGCAAAAAGACAUCCUUCAGCGCCACCAGAAAGAUGAUGAAAAUUACAAUAAUGAACAGGAUUUGCGAGGUGCAUUGGAACGGAUAUCUUCUCUAAUUUCGCAUCAUGCCGUAGUAACAGCAACUAUUUCGGCAAAGCAACAAGACCAUGUAGACGAAGGAGAAGGUAUGACUACAGCAGAGAGGUCAGAACGCAUUCAUAAGUCAAAACAAUGGAUGUUACAGACGCGAGAGGGAUUACUGAACCUUGUGGGCGAAGUACAAGGCCAUUUGUGGGCUUUGGAGAGAAGUGGCAGUGAAAAUUGAUUGAGAAGUUUAAUUAAUUUAGACUUUACGCCUAGCAAGUUGAAUUAGACUAUAAACACUAUAAAAG